AUGGCUCUUGAAGGUACGGUUCCUCCAAACCUGGGUAACCUCUCAUUUCUUGUUUCCCUCGACCUCGGUAACAACUCGUUCAGUGGUCAUUUGCCUAAUGAAUUAGUUCAUCUGCGUCGAUUGAAAUUCAUGAAUUUAAGUUUUAACAAAUUUAGCAGACAGCUUCCGUCAUGGUUGGGUGCCUUGACUGAACUGCAAGAGUUAAUUCUUCGUAACAAUAGUUUUAUAGGUACUAUCCCACCUUCCUUCUCUAACAUGUCGAAGCUAGAAAGCUUGCGUUCAUAUUCCAAUUUUAUACGGGGAAUGAUUCCGCAAGAGAUUGGAAAUCUUCUGAACUUGAAGAAUUUGGACGUGGAAAAUAACCAGCUUAUAGGCCCCCUGCCACUCACCAUCUUCAACAUGUCGUCACUGCAAAUUCAUUGCUUUCACAAGGAAUGGCAUAUCUGGUAA